AUGGCGAACGAGUAUAUCGCCAUACCUGCUGUACUGGGAACCCUUGCGCUCGCAGCGUUCAUCUGGAAGCAGUACUAUGUUCGAACGCGCAUGGCCCCUCUGCGCAAAGCCAUGGCCAACCUCGUCCCACUGGAAAUCCGUCCUCCGAAAGGCAUCGACCCGAUGACGGACGCGUACCAGGGCCACGUUCAAGCAGAGGUGCGCAAAGAUACACAGCGCAAGUUACAGGCGCGUCUGGUUGAGGAGAGCUACAGCAACAGACGCGGGGAGCAGGUAUGGCUCGCCUACGAGGCGUAUGCGACGGGCGAUAGGCGAUUCUCCCUAGUCACUGGGGAUAGCAAGUGGGGGCUCAUAGCGCCCUCGGAGAUGAAACUGACCAAUGCUAUGCUUCGGCCUUCCGUCGCACAGAGGACGGUGGAAGAGGAACGGAUAUUGCAUGCUCUAACGCCUUGGCGCAGGAACAAGGGGACCACGGCCAGUCUCCUGAGCCUCGUCGGCUGGACUACCAUGUCUACUCAGGACAUCACGGCGGCCUCGGACGCUCUCAUUGCUAAGCUCGGCAAGGAUGGGGCCAUCCACGAGAGCAAGGAGCACAAGUUCGUCUUCGACCUCGCUUCUAGCAUGAUUGAGCCCGCCAACCGCGCUGAGGACUGGAACUGGCUUUGCGUGUGCACCACGACGGAGCGCAGGUUCCCUGCUAAGAAAACGCCGUACACGCCGCCGGCUGCCGUAGCCGCCACGUGGCUGCAUAGGAUGAGAAUGCCAUCGAGGAACCUCUUUACGUCCCAGCAAGUGAAGACGAUGGAGCAGAAUGCGGCUCUUUUGGAGAAGCAUAUCGCGGAAAAGGAGGAGGACUACGUCAUAACCAUCAUCAACAAGCAUGGAAAAGCGAGCGCACGCAUAGAGCCAGCCGGCAGUAGACGGGACGAUCUAGAGAUGGGAGAUACGCAGGUAGCGAAUGCAUGGAAAGGGUAUUCGGACUUCGAAGUAGCCUUGGGAGCAGGUCCUGGAGGAGACGCCAGAGGCGGGGGUAGUUCGAACAACUCUUGUGGCAAUGGCGCCGGUGGUGGUGAUGGGGGAAACGGUGGAGGCGGCGGCGAUGGAGGUGGCGGGGGAGAUGGAGGUAUUUAG